AUGGCGGAGCCUACCAACCACGAUCUUAUCAUCGCCCUCCGAAAGGAGGUGGAAGAGAUGCGAGAAGAGAGAGCUCGGGCAAAAGCUGAAAAAGAAAAACGAGCAAGGGAGGUAGUUCCAGUCUUGAAUAUGUUUAGUCAUGGUAACAUUGUGGAUAUUCCUGCAGGUCCGCAGAUAGAGGCCAACAACUUCAAGUUGGGGAUACCCUUAAUCAAUAGGGUUGAACAAAAUGCCUUCGCAGGAAGAGACACCGAGGACGCAAAUCGACAUCUCACCAAGUUCGUGGAAAUAGCUAAUACAAUCAAGAUCAAUGGUGUUGAUGAUGAUAUUGUGAGGGUAAGACUUUUUCCCUUUUCCUUAACUGAUGCUGCUAAAGAAUGGUAUGAUUGUCUGCCUGCAGAUAAAACCACAAAUUGGAAGGAUCUAGUGGUACUCUUCCUCGACAAGUACUACCCGCCUGGCACCAUCCUAAAGCUUAAGUGUGAGAUCUUUCAAUUCAUACAAGGAUCCGAUGAGCCUCUAUAUGAAGCUCUCGCACGUUUCAAAGCCCUUCUCCGCAAAUGCCCGAAUCAUGGUUUUGGAAUAGACCAUCAGGUAGGAAUCCUUUAUAAUGGGUUUAACGAAAAAAUCUCUAGUUUGUUGGAUUCAGGGGCGAAUGGGGGAUUCUUGAGGAAAGGAGGAGUUGCUGCUAUGGAGGUGAUAGAGGAAUUAGCUACAAACAGUCGAGGUUGGUCCAAGGAAAAACACAAAGCUGAAAGGCUAGAUGCAGUGAAGAAACCAUGUGGGAAUGAGACAUCCCAAGAAUUGGCAUUCAUCAGAGCAAGACUAGAAAAAUUGGAAGCUCCAGGCAAAGAAGGGAAUGCCAUCAAAGAUGUCAAAUAUGUCCAAAAUGGGGGUGAUCCCAACAGGCUUUAUAAUAAUAAUUAUCGCCCUAAUCAGGGGGGUGGGUUCAAUCUAGGCAAAGAGAAAGGAGUGGAGCCACCUACCAAGGAAGACAAAUAUGAGGCUGGCAUCCAAAAGAUCUUGGAGCUAAUGUUAGAGGAUAGAAAGAACAACGAGACCAAGAUGGGAGUUGUAGAGGAAAGACUUACCAAACUUGAAUCUGGGUUAAACACUGUUGUCUCCACUGUGUCCAUCAUUAAGUUACAAAUGGAUCAAUUCCAAAAGAAGGUAGUGGAGGAUAAAGGCAAGGUUGUUGCCAAGGUUGUCGGUACCAACAAGGAUGAAGCCAGCACCUCCGGAACGAGUUUUAGGGACUGUCCGACACCCAGCGGACCACCGCAUACGUUGCAGCGGGCCGCCACUGGGGCACAGUUUGGAUCCUGCCCGACGCCUGGCGGACCGCCGCAAACCCCGCAGCGGCCCGCCACUGAAGAGGCAGAGGCGCCCGCCAAGAAGGAACUCGUGCGGCACAAUGGGAUUGUACUCCCCUUCCAGCCGAGGAAGCCGUUCAAGCUUGAAGAGCAAUUCCGACAAUUCUUAAAUAUGUUUUGUAAAUGUCAUACUAACCUCCCUCUUGUUGAUGCAUUGCAGGAAAUACCUAGGUAUGCCAAGCUCUUGAGAGAGGCGGUGAUGAAAAAGCAAAAGCUCCAGAAAUCUGAUCUAAAGCUACCUCUUCACUGUAGUGAUAUCAUCCAAAAGCAAAGGACUGUCAAGCAGAGGGACCCUGGCCAAUUCAUCAUUCGCUGUUCCAUUGGGAAUGGCAAGGUAGACAAGGCUCUUUGUGAUCUUGGAGCUAGCGUCAACAUAAUGCCAUUGGAGUACUACGAGAAGCUCAACAUCGGGCCGCUCAAAUCCACAGAUACCUGCUUAAGGAUGGCCGAUAACACUGCGGUAAAUGCGGUAGGGGUAAUUGAGGAUGUGUUAGUAAAGGUUGAUGACUUCAUAUUCCCUGCCGAUUUCUUUGUUUUAGACAUGAAAGUUGAUAAACAAGUUCCUCUGAUUUUAGGCAGAAAUUUUCUAGCCACAUGCAAAGCUCUUAUUGAUGUAGGUAGAGGAGAAAUCACAAUAAGUGACCAUGGAGGAAAGUCGACCUACAACAUCGAAAGCGCGAUGCUUAAGUAUGAAGAGGCUAAACAAGCUAAGAUGGAACAUGAUUGCAGGGAGGUCAUGGUGACCGAUUUGUCUAAGCCUUAUGAUCCAUUUGGAGGGGAAGAUCUUUCUAACCCUACUAUUUUCAUUGUUAACACUUUACCUCAAGCUCCUAAAAAGGGCGAGCCUAAUCCUACUAAGCCUACCUUGCAGGAAAAGCCCAAGAGAAAGAAGAGGAAGAAGACUACACCUCAAGAUGACCCCGAAAUCUACGUAAUCAAAACCUCGAAUGGAAAAUUCAAAUGGUGGAAGAAAGUUUUCAACAAGUUGGUUCCAUUUGCGGUGGCAGAGACUAAGAUUGUUGGUACAAAGGCAUUCCAAAGGAAUCCUCAUGAUGGGGGAUAA